AUGGGUAUGAAAGCCCGCUGCCAAUGUGGCAAGAUCCAAUUCACAACACCGACAGACAAACCCUUGAAACUCUGGAUCUGUCACUGUACAGAAUGCCAGCACCAAAGCUCGUCCGCGUUCGGUAUCACCGCAACAUUUCCGUACUUUGAGCUUCCCGAGUCAACCUCCGGUUUAGUCGGCAGCUAUACUCGUGUCACUACCAAGGGACGCGAUAUGGAGUGUCUCUUCUGCAAAAGCUGUGGCGCGCGGCUUCUCCAUCGCUUCCGGGAUGCCGUACCCGCACCUGGCGAACAGCCAUCGUUCUCGGCUAUCACCAAUGUGAAAGGCGGUUGCUUGGAAGAUAUGAACAAAGAGAUGCUGCGAAACGCAGUUCAUAUUUGGUGCCAGGAGGCAAUCAUUGACAUUCCCGAGGGCGUGGAGAAAUGGGAUGAGGGGCCGCCUCAGCCAAAUCCUUUGGUUACUUAG